AUGAAGUGGACUCGUCUUGCUGUUUCGGCGUUGGUUGCGUUUGCUGUGGCUCUGCCUCAUUCAGGUACUACUCCUAAUAUCGCUUUGGAGGAAGAGGCUAAUGAGGUGCUGUCGUAUAAGGCUGCGGCGAAGUUGGGCGUGAAACCGCUUGAUAGUGAGGAUAAUCAGCCUAAGGUAGCUGGAUCGCAAGAUCCAGCGGCAGCUGCUGGUGGUGCUGGAGCUGUGGGAUCCAUCGGAUCUGGCUCCGGCUCUGGGUCCGAAGAGGAAGCCCACGACGACCACGCUGCCUCCUUCUACAUGGCGGUGUCUAUGAUCGCUGUGAGUGAAAUUGGCGACAAAACGUUCCUUAUCGCUGCGCUUAUGGCCAUGAAAAACCUGAAACUCGUGGUGUUCUCAUCGGCCUUUUCUUCUUUGGCGGUGAUGACCGUCUUGCUGGGUAUAGUGGGCCAUGCUUUACCUACACUCAUUUCCCAGAGGGUGACGCAGUUUUUGGCGUCGGUGCUUUUUGUCAUUUUCGGUGUUAAGUUAUUAAGAGAAGGUCUUUCGAUGUCGAAAGAGGCUGGUGUCGAUGAGGAGUUGGCUGAGGUCCAGGAAGAGCUCGCUUCUUCUCAUAUGAAUCACCAGAUGGAGAACUUAGAAGCUGGAGGAGGCGGUGAUGAAGGCGUGGCUCCUGUUAGAAGCAACCAGAAUAAAACAUGGUACCAGGACGCUGGGCUCCAGAUCGAGAACCUUGCGUCUUUUAUUCUUUCACCAGUUUGGAUCCAAGUGUUUGUCAUGACAUUUUUGGGCGAAUGGGGCGACCGUUCUCAAAUUGCAACCAUUGCCAUGGCUGCUGGCCUGGACUACUGGUUUGUCAUUCUUGGUGCCGUUGUGGGCCACGGCAUCUGCACCGCUGCUGCUUGUAUUGGCGGACAGCUCUUGGCCACCAGAAUAUCCAUGAGAAACGUCACUUUGGGCGGCGCCGCUGCGUUCUUUGUGUUCGCCGUCAUGUAUUUCUACGACUUUUACACUCACCCAGAGGGUGCAGCAGCAGCUUCGGCGGCCGAGUAA